AUGAGUACCCAAGAGGAAACACAAUCUGAAAAUAGGAAGAAUAAGGGAAAAUCCUCUCAAGUACCAUCUGUUAAGGCUCAUUGGGAUGCAAAAUCAAAUGAAAUCUUUAUUAAGCUUUGUGUUGAGCAAGUGAAGGUCGGACACAGACCUGGUACACACUUAGAUAGGGUCAGGGGUGAGACAGGCUUAGGCCAUGAUACAUUGACUGGAGCUAUAUCUGCAUCUGAUGAGUGGUGGACCAAGAAAUUGGAGAGGUAUCCUGAUGCUGCUAAAUUCCGGCGUAUGCCGUUGCAAUUUAGUGAAGACUUAGACAUACUAUUCUCAGAUGCAGUUGCUACAGGAGAAUGGGCAUACACUCCUAGUUCAGGGGUUAUGCCUGACACUAAUGACAAUGUGGAGGAAUUUUAUACCCCACAUGAUGCUGAAUAUGAUGAUGAUGAUUUGGAGGUGGUUCAUCCCUUUGAGUUAAACAAAAAGCGUUCAUUAAACACUGGUGGUUCAUCAACCAAGAGCAAGACAAAGAAGAAAUUUACUGGUGCAACUCUAAUUAACAAGACACUUGAUCGUACAGUCAAUGUGGUUGAGUCAUCUUCAGCAACUUCAACACAGACCUCAUCAAGAUAUCCUUCAAUUGCAUAA